AUGGCUCUACUCAUCACAAACCAAGGCCAAUCCCUCGCCUUUUUUCUGGUUCUCGUUUUGGCCAUCUGCUCCCCUCAAGCUUUUUGUAGUCGUCAACUUUCUGGCGACGACAAAAUCAUGUUGGAGAGGCACGAGGGGUGGAUGGCUCGACCUGGACGUGUUUACAAGGAUGCACAAGAGAAGGAGAGGCGUUACAACACAUUCAAGUCUAAUGUGGAUUCUAUAAAAGGUUUUAACAAGAACGGCGAAAACCAGUACACACUCGGCAUCAAUAAAUUUGCAGACCUAACUAAUGAGGGGUUUCAGGCGAUGCGUAAAGGCUACAAGAAGAGACAGCUCCCGGAGAUCAUGUCCAACUCUGUGAAAGCAGCUCCAAAUAACAAUUUUCGAUAUGAAAAUCUCACCGAUGUGCCAAAAUCUAAGGAUUAUUUUUCACUUGGCGCUGUGACCACUGUCAAAGACCAAAGACAAUGUGGGUGUGGCUGGGCAUUCUCGGCAGUGGCAGCCGUAGAAGGGCUUAACUUUCUCAAAACAGGAAACAUAGUUUUGCUAUCAGAGCAAGAGCUUGUUGACUGUGAUGUUGGUCUUGUGAACGAUGGUUGCCAUUAUGGCGAAGUGGGUUAUGCCUUCGAAUACAUGAUUGAGCGAAACAGGAGCCUGGCAACAUAUGCUGAUUACGGUUACAAGGGUACAGAUGGAGGAAGUUGCAAGGCUGAUGAUUAUAACAACACUGACGCUGCCAUAACUGUAAAAGGAUUCGAGCUUGUGCCUGAAAACAAUGAGACGGCUCUGCUGCAGGCUGUUGCAAACCAGCCAGUUUCUGUUGCCAUUGAUGAAAAUGGAGAAUUUUUCCAGAAUUAUGCGGAUGGUGUGUUCAGUGGGCCAUGCGGCACAAACUUAACCCAUGCUGUGACUGUCGUUGGAUAUGGUGAAGAAGAUGGGAAAAAGUAUUGGAUGAUCAAGAAUUCUUGGGGAGAAGAUUGGGGGCGUAACGGGUACAUGAAGUUGCAGAGAGACGUGCCUGCCAAGGAAGGACUCUGUGGCAUCGCUGUGGCAGCUUAUUAUCCAACAUCAGAUUAAAGAAGCACCUGCAUUAUAUUCUAUAUGUUUUGUGUUACUUAGUAGUAAAAUGCUAUCGCUGUAUCAAUGCAGAACUAUUGUUCGAUUCCAUGUCGAUAAUACUACUGGUAGCUUUGCUUUCCACUUUCCAGGGCUCAUGCUCUUUGUUAUAAACCUCCAAACAACAAAUCUAAAACCAAAAUCGUCGAAACCCCAA